CUCAAAAGAGUCAACACUACUUACAAUAAUAGUCCUGAUUUGCAAACAAAAGUGUAAUUUGUGCAAUUCAAAGAGUCUGAUACAUUCAAUGGCGUUGUGAUUGAUUUCUUGGAAUGAGCUUCUGAAGGGCUCAGAGCACGGUUGACUUUGAGCAUUGGACGGAUAUAAAUACAUACUAAUACAUGCUCCCAUGCUCUCAGCUCGCGCCCUAGCUGCCUGUGCUGAGAGCCUUUCCUUGGAUACCUUUAUCACCGGAAAUUUUAUGGUAGCUACUUCUUUUUGUCUGAGGUAAAUCCACUUUUUUGAAGAAGUCGGGGCUAUAUCCUUUACUCUUUCCCACGAUGGCAACGCCGUUUUCAAAGAGCAAUCUGGGCGCCACUCCCACCCAGUUCACAUCUUCUCCUCACCCGUCAGCCGUACCCAUGGGCCGCCCUCUAUCACACAAGUCUCCUUCCAUGAAGACGCCCUCCGCUUCAGGCCAGGGGCAUCAGAACUACCCCAGCACGUCGUCACACCAGUAUCCCACGCCUCUCCCCAUCACGUCGGCCGCAAUAGAAGAUGUGGCCGUGUUCAGCUCUCCAUCAGCUCUUUUAGCGCUUGGGCUGGGUGGAAUUACGCCGUCUCCGGCGGCCAAUGACGCCCUUGGUGGCCAAGGCAUCAAUGAGGGCGACUUGCACUCCAUGGCGAUUCCGUCACUGGGUAUAACCGGCCCAAAGGAUAUCGAGGACGAGAAAAGGAAACGUAUAGACGAGGUUUUGCAGCUACUUCGGACGCGUGUUGCCGGUCGAGGCGUGUGUCGCGAGGGCAUUGAGAGGUUGGGUAAACUGGAAGGCCUGGAGUGUAUGUGGCAAGAUAACGAUCUCAGCAUAGCGGGAAAUUCUCUCGAUUUGGAAGUCGAGUUUGAACCCGGUCAGGAGAUUGUUAAGAAUGUUACCUUGAGAUAUGCGACUCCUGACGCGCCGGAAGGGGAAAGGAGAGUUGAGGCGUCGGAAGUGUUGAAGAGGAAUUUGAUGCAGGGUCCUGGAGAACAGGAAGGUGGACAUUGGAAGUCCAUGGCAGAGUUCCAUGAAAAUUUGCGGCGGCUAGCGAGAUUGGACCAGUUGAGCAGAGAAAUCAAUUGUUUUGAGGCUGUCGAAGGGAUUUAUGAAUGCUUGAGAAGGAUUUGGGACGAAGAGAAGAAACAUGGAACGCGGCAAAUCCACUUGGAUCAUAUAUGCAAAGGAUGGAUUGGAAAACCAUCUAUGCAUGGAGGAAAGCACGUUGGAUUGAUGCUUAGGUAUUGGGUUGAUCAAAGGCGCAUGUUUGAGGCCAAACAAGUCCCGCCGAGUAAUGCGAUGGACACCGACCUGCCAGCACAGGAUGACGAAGAGGUUCCCGACAAAGCUAAUUUCUACAGUGCCGCUAUCGAAUGUGAAACCGGAUACCCGUCUCUUCGCGUGUCGAAAGAAUGGGUCUCAGCAGACGUCUUUACAGAGAUUAGAAAUGAGGAUGGCGGCGACAACGAACUUGAGAUUAGAAUGAUUAAUUGGACGGAACCCCCGCCUACACUAGUAUCUCCUCUGAGCAACAAUCCGGAUUCUGUGGCUCUCGAACCGACCAUAUUAUCCUCAACGGCGCCCAAUAUACGCUUCGUCGCACGGCUUGAGCCGCCAGUUGACAUGCCCAUAUUUGCUGCUGUCGAGAUUUAUCGAGCCAUAGGGGCGAAUAUGAUGCAGGAAUCCAAGACUACUACCUACGACAGCCUUGUGGUUCCUUCACAAGGUGAUUCUAAUUUUAUUGAAUUCGAGGGGAGACAGGUUAUGCAAAAAAGAGAGAUAUCUACAUUCGGCGCGGAUGGAAAACCGGUCAAACAGCAACAUACUUAUACGUUCAAUACUUUUGAACAGGUACCGGGUCGCACAAUUCGUGAUAUACCCUUUUCGCAUCCGCGUCAAUUAGCCGAUGUGCUUCCUAUCCUGCGACAAUAUGCAUUUAUUUCCAGUCUUUUACGACGAAUUUUCUCUGAUUCCCAAACGGCCUCCAGGAGCGACACCCAGAGAACACCAGGAGAAAAGUCAGUUCCUCAACUCUUCCAAGAAUCCAGACCGAAUGGAUACUUCAUCAGCAAUGUCAACCCUACGGAAUGCAGACUUAAUUCGCUGCUGAGAAGCGGAAGAAAUAACGGCUUCAAGCCGCCCCCAACAGCGAUUUCUACACCUCCUGCAAACGAAGUCCGCGUCGAUAUCUCGCUUAGAACACCAAUGUCUCUCCCACCUACAGUACUGCUUGUUUUCAACAUCAACGAGGAUAAUCAGAUGAGGAGCUCAGACUCAGCUCCGCUGUUGACGCGAAUCGCCUCCCGGCAGGUCAUGAUUGGUGCAGACAUCGGUCUCAAUGGAGAGAUUAAUAUAUCACACACCUCUGGCAUAUUGCCUAGUAAUGCUACCGAUUACACAUCCAAUGAAAAAUGCGAAGAUGAAAAGAGGAAACUACGGUCACAAAUUGCGAGAGUACUCGAGACCUGCGAGGAUUUGGGAAUGUUGGUCGAAUGGGUUCUGAAGUGGAUAAGGAAGCACACUGAUGGCUGAUUCUGCUUUUUCAUUUUUGCCUUUGCAGUUUGUAAUAUAAGCUCUGAAAGUCGGCGGUAGAAAGUGUGAUGAUGUUGAGAUAGAAGACAAAGCUCGUACGAAAAAGACCUGAGAAACUCUUCCUAAAUACAACCCCCAACUUAUUCCUUAGGUACACAAUUCACAUGUGCUGGCCAUAUAGCCAUCCCGAAACAAGUUCAGAAGUCCACCAUCGAUAGCACAGAAAUUCAUCCUUCAAUAUGGCAUAGCUCCCGGCAUGCCUCCUUUUGGUCGAUCCCACCUUAUGAACUGCCCAUAUAGACGCUUUUUUUUUUCUCAUGGAGAAUAAUCAUAUAUUCGAUGUUACAGCCUUGACUGUUAGUUCAAGUUUGGCUGUCGCCUCCUAAUGCCGACCAUCAGCCCAAGGGGCUUCCUCAGGAAACCCUCGGAGGUCUCCAUGGGACCAUCCUGCUCCAACCGGAACUCAAAAUUUUUGAAGACCGUUGCUGCAAUACAAUGGAGCUCCAUCUCCGCAACGUUUCUUCCAACGCAGGCGCGUGGACCAUAGCUGAAGGGAAUAAAUGCCGCCUUCUGUCGUGGGGUUAGUCGAGCGGGAUCCCACCGAGUUGGGACGAAUUCUUCCACAUCGGGUCCCCAGAUCUCUGGUGAGUGGUGGAUGGUAUAAGCGGGAACUGAGAGGAUAGUUCCUGGGUGGAAAACAUGGCCUUCGAUUGUGACCGGCGGCGAAUUUGGUGGGAUUUCGCGAGGAAGACCGAGAGA